AUAGCUGUAAAAUGGCUGCUGUCGUCGUUGCGGAAACUUUGGCAGAUUUUUUGUGUAAUGGAGAUCAGAAAUCUAAGCUGUUACUUGGAUACCAGACUGAAACAGAAAUUAUUUUAUUGGCUUAUGCUGAGUUACCAUCAGCAACAGAUUUGGAGGAGAAAAGGCAAAAGUUGAAUUUUCUUUUGCCAGGAGGAGUUUCAGUAGUUGGCAUAGCACUUCUUGCAUCUGAAGAAAAUGUGGAUUAUUCAAAAUAUGGGAAAUAUUUUAAUAACCUGGACAGGCAAAAAGUUUUUAUUUACCUGGAAAAAGGAGCUAGCAAAUCAAUAAAAGCAGCUGAGCUGGUAUCACAAGACAAUACGGCGACUACUGUUGACUUUGACAUAGUGUCUGUUGAUUUACUGUCAAGAUUUGUGAUAGGUUGUUGUAAAUGUGACAUACCAGUUUCAUUCACUGUUGAUGGAAAAGGUAAAGGUGCUUGGAAAGAUAGCCUUACAGCAGAAAUAGAGAAACUUGCUGACAGUAUUUUAUCAAAUCGUACAGUAUUUCACCUUCAGUCAUCACAAAAAUUGUUGAGUGUCUCCGGUUGCAAGGGUUUACCUGAUGAUGCUACAUAUGCAGACCUUGCUUCUUGCAUUGAGGAAGAAGAGGAAGAGGGAAUAAACACAAGGAGUAAAAUGAAACAAAAGGUAGCAAAAUUAAAGGAAGUGUUGCAGUUUGAUGUAUAUACAGACUUGAACAUCGCGGGUUAUAAUGAUACACUACCAACAUGUUCUCCUGUCAUAAGCUAUAAUACAGAGCCUGUUAAAACAGUAAAGUUAGUGUUACAUGUACAUGCUGUCUCAUUAUUUCAAAAUAAAACAUUGGUAUCAGAGCUGGUAGUAACAAUGAGUGAAGCCAUCAAAAACCAACUUUUGGCGAUGAAACAAUGCAUCUGUGAUUACAGCAAGGGAGACAAAUUUAUAUUGCCAGAGGUUUACCAUUUCCAGCCAAUGGAACUUUCAACUCUGUUUAAUGUGAUAUUCCCAUGGAAUGUCCGAGAUGACCAAUUAGAAAAGGAACGUAGGUUACUACACCAGUGUCUAUGUUUGCCUGCAGACAGACCAUUAUUUAGGAGAGCAAACAAAUACAGGUUUCCUGUUGAAGGACAAGAUGGCAGUUAUUUGAGAAAUGUUCAUUUAAAUUGUCCAAAGUCUAAAGUGAGUGGUGGAAAACAGUAUACAGUGAGGGGUAACUAUACCUACCACCAUUAUAUGCAAGACAGGUUUGAUGACAAUAAAUGGGGAUGUGCAUAUAGGUCUCUACAGACACUUGUGUCCUGGUUUAAACUUCAAGGUUACACAGAAAGAGACAUUCCAACACAUAGGGAGAUACAACAAACAUUGGUUGACAUUGGUGACAAAGAGCCGAGUUUUGUUGGUUCAAGGAAAUGGAUUGGAUCAAUGGAAGUCAGUUUCGUCCUGGACACACUGUUGGAGGUACAAUCAAAGAUAUUGAAUGUAAGUUCAGGUGGAGAUCUGGCAAGUAAAGGGAGAGAACUAGCACAGCAUUUCACAACACAGGGCACUCCAAUUAUGAUAGGAGGUGGAGUACUUGCACACACAAUACUAGGUGUAGAUUACAAUGAAGUGACUGGUGAUAUCAACUUCCUAAUCCUUGAUCCACAUUAUACCGGGGCAGAGGAUUUAAAAACUAUUAUUGACAAGGGUUGGUGCGGAUGGAAAGAUGCAAAUUUCUGGGAGAAGAAUGCACACUACAACUUAUGUAUGCCGCAGCGACCAAAGGUUUUAUGAAGGAUGAAAUGUUGUUAUUUUAAUCGACAGUUUUACCAGAAGUGUCUGCAAUAAAUGGUGCAUGGAGGACAAACUAUGUGAAGUCAAAUGAUAAUUUUUAUGACAAAAGAUAUUAAGACAAACAAAUGAUUUUAAGAACUUAUAGUAUCUGUAAUUUGUCCAAUUUGGUAUCAACUGGAAGGACAUAUAACUUCAAAUAAAUAGUAAAAAAUUAUAUUAAAAACAAGCAUAUAACACUUAAUCUGUCAUCAAAGAUGUGUUGGAAAUAAAUACUAUAAUGUUAUAAAACAAUGUCUAGUCAAGUUUGAAAGUGAUGAAAUCUUUCUGUUUGAUCCACCUAUUCUGUAAUAGUUGUUUCAUGGAUUUUCCCAAUCAAGCAAGAGCAUGAUGUUCACAGGCCUUCUGGCGUUCCUACUUUUCCUACUUUUUCCUACUUUUUUAAAUGCCUCCUACUUUUUCCUACUUUUUGAUGAAAACCUCCUACUUCUACUUUUAUGCUUAACAUAAAAAGGAAAAAAACAACAACAGCCUUUUCGGUAGUUAUAUUUGCAGAUGAUGGCCUUUUGAUGUGUUGCUGGCAGUUUCUGGAGUCAUUUGGUGCCUCCUGCAAUACAUUGCCUUAUAUCAAAGUACCUAUAAUCCUACCAAACCAUAUGGGCAAUCUGAUUCAAGCACAGAAACUGGGGUCAACAUUCGUUUGUGAGUGUACAGGGCCGGGCCGAGGGGGCUCUAGCUCCCCUCCUCCCCCCACUCCCCCACUCCCCAGUUGGCUGAGAAGUGACCUAUACUCAUCAAAGAUGCACCCUACUAUUUUUGCAAAGGAAUAAUUUUUUCUCAAAAUUUAGACCCAGAAACACACAAGAAGCCACGAUUUCAUACCUGUAUUUCAAAAUUGUCAAGGGGGAGAACCCCCUUACCCCCCUAAAAUGAGAGUACAGCCACCAGUAAAUGCACCAGAAGCCACCAUUUCAUACAUGUAUUUAAAAAAAAUCCAAGGGGAGACCCCCAUGACCCCCCUAACAUGGGCAAAGGCAUCCCUCAAAUACCUACCUGCUCUUAGCACUAGUAUGCACCUUGCAGUGAUGUCUUUGUUCUAGACUGGUGCCCACCACCUCCCCACCACCCCCAGUCAAAAAAUUGUGGGGCUGGGCCUGGUGUAAAUGUAUUAACAGCUAUUAAGGUUAGCAUUGCAAAUUCUAUGUUAUAUUAACCUCCUACUUUUCCUACUUUUUUGUCUGCAAACCUCCUGUUUUUCCUACUUUUUUGCGUAGGGACCUCCUACUUUUUUGCAAAGCCAUGCUGGAAGGCCUGUGUUCAAUAUAUAUCAUAUCAUAGGAACCUUAACCCUUACCCUACUAAAUUUCUAUAAUCAACUUGUCCAUUUUUCAGUGCGGACAGUAUAAUUAACGGUUAAAAGGGGGACUUCCCAAAAAGAUACCGACUGAAUGGCGAACCGUGCAGUCUGAUCAUAAUCUGCACUGGUAUCAAAGAAAGAAUCGGUCAUGUCUGGCAUGGUAAGGGUUAAAAGAAAGGUAAUUUUUUAUUUUUGAAGGUGUCUGCAGUCGCUUAAAUAUUAAGGGUGAACAUAUAAUUUUCAAUGGGAAAUUCUGUUUAUGUUUUCUGCAUAUUAAUAUUUUGGGGGAAAAAAACAACAAAAUUGUAUUUUAAGUUUAAUGAAGUAUGUUGCCUUUGACAGUUAAAUUUUUUAUAUCCAAAAAUGAAUGAAAUUUGCAAUAAUAGAAAAAUCAUUUUGACGAUAAAGUCAGUUGUACAAGAUAAAAUUUGAAACUUUUUAAACAGUUCUAAUUACCACCCUUGAAGUUUGUUGAAAUGACAUAUAAUACAAGUGCUAUGGAAGAAAGCAACAAAAAAUCCUUAUUACAGAAUGGGUGAUUCAAAAGUAACUGUUAAUAAUUGAUUACAGUAAGAAAUACAAGCUGGUGUUGGAGAAGAUAAUAAAUAUAUGUUUAAUAUUAACUAUA